UCUAUCAGAGGAAACAAACCUGUUUAUCUUAUUGCUCUAUCGGUAACUUUGAAGAGCUUAUCAAUUCAUAAGUUAAAUAUUCAAUUAAUAUCCAAAUAUGAAUAAAUGUUUUUCCAAAAUAAUUUCGGUUUUAAGUUUGCUGAAACAAGCUGCAAAGUGUAAGGAGUAGCAUAGCAUGUACUACUCUGAUAGGGAGAGUUUAUCAGUUGUUUGGUUUUGUUUCGGAUUGCGAGUAUAUACAUAAACAAAAAUGAUUCUGUCCACUUUGCAAUUUGCAGUAGGAUCCUUAACAAGAAGUACGAUAUUGCCUAAUGGGAAAUUUACGGUAUUACCGUAUUUGAAAUUCACUAAUGUUCGAGAUUUUCACAUAACCUCAAAUACUAUGAGGGAAUUUCGAAUUGGAAAUAAAAAAAUAAGAUCUGAUGAAACAGAGAAACAUGUAAUUCUGGAAGGAGAAAUAACAACCAAUAUAAAUAGUGCAAGUGAAUUAAACUCGUUAUUUCCUGAUGCUUCUACACCGUAUAAGCUUUUCGAUGGGAUAAGAUACGAUCAGUUACAUAUUAUUAAUAUUAAGUCAACUCCUAACAACACAAUAAUGUCCCUUACUGAUUAUAAAGGAAUGGGAAAGAUGUUACAUUCGGCUGGAAUGGAAGGUUUUAAAAAUACAAAGAAGGGUACUAACGUUGCAGCGCAACAAGCUGCAAUUACAUUUGGAACGCGUAUUCUUAAAAGUGGUAUCAAAACAGUCAGGUUGAGAGUACAGGGAAUUGGACCCGGCAGAAUGGGUGCCCUAAAAGGUCUUCAGCUAACAAACCUACAAGUUGUUUCUAUCACAGACGACACUAGAGUAUCGUGGAACCCUCAAAGACCAAGGAAACAAAGAAGAAUAUAAUUUAUGACAUAUAUUAUGAUGUAUUCGGUGUAUUAAUUCGUAUUAAAAUGUAAAUUCUGUAUAUAAUUACGUGUUAAUUAUAUUAUUAAAUUACAAUA